AACCCAGAAUGGCGUGGAUAGGUCAGCCAGGCGCUAGCCUUCACGCCAUUCGUGGUCCACCCUAGAGGUGAUUCAGAAUAAAAUCGCCUGGUAACUAUGUACAUACCAUUAAAAAGUGAAUAAAGACUGGCCCGGGGACAUGACUUGGUCCCAUUCCCGGUCCAGCAGUGGUAGUCGAGCUGUCUCUGUUGCCUCUCUUGCUACUCCAUUUCCACGUUAUCCGCUUGACUCCAGCCGUUCAAAGCUCUCUCCUUACCAGCUGCCUCCAUCAAAUCCACUGACCAAAGCAUCCCUUGCAUCGCCAACUUGCCUGAUCGAACAACGCCAUGCCCGCGAGAGCCAGCCCCGAUUCCGAAGCCGGGAUCCCGUCGGGCGGGCCCGCCGAAGGCUGGACAAGGGAACUGAUCACGGCGUUACCUACGCUGCGCUCGUCGACUUCGUUCGCGCUCGAGUACCCGUCACCACCGCCAGCCAGCCCAGGCCACAACGCUUCACAAUACCGGCCGCUAGACCUCCUGACUCAGCCCUCGUGCCCUGCUAGAUUCGUCCCCCGCGCCGACCUCCGCCUGCUUCCUCUGCCCUGGGCCUGCCCGGGGUCUGUCUCUGCUGUCGAAGGUGCGCAGGUGCUCCUAACCGAGAUGCCUGCCAUCACGAGCAGCAACCACGGCCUUAUCACACAACAUGCAGAGUCUGUGCCAACAACCGCAGACAGCAGCAGCGCCGUAAGAGGCCCGUCGCCAGAACGGCCCGGGUGGUACGGCUAUUUCUCCUCUCCCGCCGCCGCCGCGUCAGCGUCCCAAGCAGAGACGCCGCCUCCGCACGACUCGGGCUAUGCCACGUCGGUGGUGACCAACGACGGAGAAAUCUCGCCGGGACAAGCCUCAGAGCCUGAUAGCCUGCUGGAGCUGUCGCCUUUGGAGCUCAUGGCGCUGUCGCCGUCGCAGCUCGAGGCGCAGUUCCGCUACGCCGACACCGAGCUACUGAAAGAGCUCGAGGACGAGAUGAAGGAGCUCCAACCCGAGAUCCAGGCCUGGCGCCUGGCCGAGAGCUAGCGCCAAUAUGACCAUGUAUAUCUAUAUCUCGGGGCUCAUAGUUGUGGUGGCUUGGCUAGGUCAAUGUUUUCUUUCUGGAAGCUUUCUUUUGCCAACGAUAGCGGAUGAGUACUUAGGCAGGGAGCUCAACCGCCCCAGUAGAGGCUGGGUCUCGGCAUAGAUAGUUGUAUGUAGUAACUAUGUGGCCUCGUCAAUGGGAUAAGGCCGCCAUCAGCGUUUCA